AUGUCCCUUCUGAUAUCCCUCUUUUUCCUCCUCAACAUACCUUCUUCUUUAGCCUGGGAAGAAAAGUACCCCUGCUUUGACCAAAUCCGCCCACGAGUUCACAGAGAUGGAGACCUGGUCAUUACUGGAUUUUUCCCCCUAUUCUUGAUGGCAGUGAAGAAUUUUACAGGAGCUGAGCAUCCACACAAGGCCUGUCAUCCACACCAGUGGCUACACAAAAAUUACCAGCAGGUUCUAGCCCUGAUGUUUGCCGUGGACGAGAUCAAUAGAGACCCCUGGCUGCUCCCUAAUACUACCCUGGGUUUUCAUAUCUACAGCACCUACCAUAGUGAUGCCAGGACCUUGGAGAGCUCCCUGAGGUGGCUUUCAGGACAGGACCCCACAACCCCAAAUUAUAGUUGUCAGAGGCAGGAUAAGUCCAUUGCUGUUAUUGGAGGUGCCACAUCUGCUAUUUCUGUCCAAAUGGGAACUCUUCUGGAGCUCUACGGAAUACCACAGGUAGGGAGCUACGUCCCAUUUGAUCCUGUCCUGAGUGACAAGGCCCAAUUUCCUUCCCUAUACCAGAUGGCCCCUCAGGACUCCUCUCUGUACCUGGGUAUCAUUCUGCUGCUGCUACAUUUUGGUUGGACCUGGGUGGGGCUGGUUGUCCCAGAUGACAUGAGAGGUGAGAAGUUCCUCUGGGACAUGGGAGAAGAGAUGAGAAGGAACAAAGCCUGUGCGGCCUUCACAGAGAAGAUCCCUGUCAGUGAGAGAUGCCUUGCUGAAUCCCAGAUGGACUUCAUGCCCAGAAUUAUGGCAUCAUCAGCCAAGGUGAUCAUUAUCCAUGGUGAUAUAGACUCACCGAUGAUCCUGAGAUAUUCUCAGCCACCUUUAUUUGGAAUUUGGAAGGUUUGGAUUAUCACAUCACACUGGGAUGUCACCAUGAGACCCUAUGGUCAUCAUGGUUCUCCUUUUUAUGGAUCACUUAUAUUUUCAUAUCAGACAAAUGAGAUUCCUGGUUUCAAAGCCUUUCUCAGGGCAAUCACCCCAACCAAAUACCCAGGAGACAUUUUCUCCAAAAGGUUCUGGGUGCUGGCAUUUGAGUGCCCAGAUGAGUCAACCAGACUGGAGCAGGAGGACUGUCCACUGAAUGUUUCCUUGGAGAUGCUGCCUUUGCACUCUUUUGACAUGACCACAUAUAGCCUCAGCUACUUCCUCGAUAGUGCUGUGUAUGCUGUGGCCUGGGCUCUUCAUGAAAUGUUCCAUGCCAGUUCAGAAAUCAGAUCUGUGAGAGACGAGGUGUACCUGGUGCCUCAACCUUGGCAGAUUCACUCAUCUUUAUGGAAUAUUUCCUUUAACAUCACUGCUGGGGACCAGGUGGUUUUGGGUGUGGAAAAGAAUCCUGUGGCUAAAUAUGAUAUCAUGAACUUUGGCACUGAUGAUGUUGAAGUUCUCAUGAAAGUGGGAGAGUUUGUCCCCCAAUCCUCUCUUGGUCAAGAUUUCAUCUUUUGUGAGAAGGAACUAUAUAAAAAGAGGGUUAAUUUCAAGACUGCAGAUAUGGACAAUUGCGUGACAUGCCCAGAAGAUCAAUAUCCAAACAGGGAGAAGGACCAGUGUCUCCCCAAAGUAACAGCCUUCCUCAGUAUCCAAGAACCUUUGGGAUGGAUUCUGACCUGCAUGGCUCUCUCCUUCUCUUUUCUCACAGUUCUGAUCCUUAUGAUCUUUGUGAAGCAUCGAGACACUCCCAUCGUCAAGGCCAACAACCGGAUUCUGAGCUACGUGCUUCUCAUCUCUCUCAUCUUUUGCUUCCUCUGUUCUUUGCUUUUCAUUGGCCGUCCUAACACAGCAACCUGCCUUCUUCAGCAAACAAUAUUUGGAAUUGUAUUCACAAUGGCAGUUUCUUCUAUUUUGGCCAAAACCAUCAUGGUGGUUCUGGCUUUUAAGGUCACAAGACCAGGGAGCAGGUUGAAGAUGUGGGUACAGCCUAAGGUGUCCAAUUCUCUAGUCUUUCUCUGCUCUGUGAUCCAAGUAUUUCUCUGUGGGAUCUGGCUGGGGACUUCACCUCCAUUCUUAAGUACAGACCCUCACUCUGAACCUGGCCACAUCAUCAUUGAGUGUAAGGAGGGCUCUGUCAUUGCCUUCUACUGUGUCCUGGGCUACAUGGGCAUCCUGGCCCUGGGCAGCUUCAUGGUGGCUUUCCUGGUCAGGAACCUUCCUGACACCUACAAUGAAGCCAAGUUCAUCACCUUUAGCAUGCUGGUCUUCUGCAGUGUGUGGGUCUCUUUCCUUCCCACAUAUCAGAGUUCCAAGGGGAAGGACAUGGUGACUGUGGAGGUUUUUGCCAUCUUGGCCUCCAGUGCUGGGUUACUGGGCUUCAUCUUUUUUCCCAAGUGCUAUGUGAUCCUGCUAAGGCCAGAGAGGAACACUCUGGAAUGGUUAAGGAACAAAUCAGAUUCCAGAGCCAGGAACUUGGUCCUAGAGACUCUUCCAAGGUCAUGA